AUGCCGUCAGUUGGUGUGCUCGCGUGCCAUCGGGCCGGCCGGGGAAUCGACGACGGCAGCGGUAGCAGCAGCAGGAUGCAGCAGCAGUGCUAUACUAGAGGGCGUACUACUGCGAAUGUACAGGACAGCCAUGUGGUCGAGAUGAACGUGGAUGGUGGAUGGUGGGAUGGAGCAACGGCCGUGGCAACCGGGGAGCGUGGGCCGCCGGAAAUUGCCCUCUCGGGCAUAGAGGGACGCAUUCGGCGCGGGAUGAUCUUAGCUGUGGGCUUGGAUUUGGGCCUCUUGCGCUAUUGUACGCCGCGCAGCCCAAGCCUGUCAUUGCCGCCGCGGGUCGUGGUGAAGGCGGACGUGGGCGCAGGCGCGGGCGUGGGCGUGGGAGUCAGUCGUGGGAGCAGAUAUGGAUGUGGUGGUGGUGGUAAUGGGUGGGUGGGUGGAUGGAUGGAUGGAUGGAUGGACAAGUUAGUCGCAGAGAGCAGUGUCCCCCAACGUCGACGGCCAAAGCACAGCUGCACCAGCGCCAGUGGCAGGGAGAAAUGCCGGGGACAACCCACGGGCUGCUCCCCUAGCACUGCACGGCCGCCGCGCCGCGAAUCAGCUUCACGCCGUGCACUCACAGGGCAUGGGGAGCAACGCCGCCGCCCGCCAACGCUCCUUGACCCUGGCCUUGCACCCCUGCACCACUGA